UCUUUACUAUAUGAUCUAUACAGUAUACAUCCGUGUUGCUGUUCGACUAUUGUACCCGGUAUCGUUAAUACUCAAUUCAUCUUUUCACCUAAACAACAAUCAAUGUUAUGGUUCUUCAAUCAUUAAAUACUUCUAAAAGUUCAGAUUUCAUUAUUCCCAAAUUCAGUUAUUCUAUGAUAUAAUCUAUAAAAAGUAAUAUAAAUUUACUUAAAAUGGGUUUCAAACAAUUUCUCACGAAUCAUUGGCGAUUAGUCAAUUCAAAUAAUUUGUUUAUCAACAGAUGUGCAAAUUCUGUUUUGGAAUCUCAUAACAUAGGAUAUGCUCAAAAAUCAGUGGUAAAUAAGUUACAAUUACCUUUGAAACCAAAGAAACCUAGUCCUCCAUUCUUUCAAUAUCUUAAAGAAAGAAGACAAGAAGUAAUUGAAAAACAUAAUUUAAAUUUUAAAGAUGCAAUUCGCUUUUUAAGUGAAUCAUGGAAAGACUUUGAUGGAGAUGCUAAAAAAAAAAUGACUGACAUUUAUAACAAGGAACUUGAACAAUACAAAGACAAUAUGAAAGUUUUUAAUCAUAGCUUGACUGUUGAUCAAAAAAAUGAGUUGUUUCGAGUGAAAUAUGAGCAGAUAGAACAAAGAACAAAACGCAAACUCAAAAAAGAAUUAAAAGAAUUAGGUAAACCUCGUAAACCUCUUACUGCAUAUUUAAAGUUUGUAACUGAAGAAAUAAAAAACCACGGAAAUGAGCCAGUUCAAACUUAUAUGAUAACAGUUGCUAAUAAAUGGAAAGAAAUGGACGAAAAUAGAAAAUCAAAAUAUAUUGAAUCAGCAGCUAUAGAUAAUGAUGAAUAUAAAAAUGCACUUCUUAAGUGGGAAAAUGAUAUGAUUAAAGCAGGGCGAUUGGAUUUAGUUAGAGCUCGUGCACUAUCUAAAGAUGAUACAGAUAAUUAAAAAUGUAAACUAUUUACUUAAAAUUAAAUUUUUUUUUAUUUGUUUUUU